AUGCCGCCGUCCUCUCCGUCGUCGCCGGUCGUCACCGCAACCUCGCCGACCUGCCUCCUCCUCCCCAUCCCUCCCUUUCCUUCUCUGUCCCGCACGGCCGUCACCGCGUCCAGGCCGUGCUCACCGCGCCCGGCCGCGUCCCGCAGCUCCACGCCGGCGCGCCGCACGCACCGUGCUCGCGGUCACCACGGCCCCGACCGCGCCCGCUCGACCGCGCACACGCCCGCGCAUCGCGACCCCUCCCCGCGCCUGCGUCGCCUGAACCAUGUCGCCACGCCCACGACGCGCCCCGCGCUGCACCGCUCGCCCGCGCUGCGCCUAGCUGCUGCUGCUGCCGCGUCAGCCUGUGUGCUCCUACCACCACCUGCACGCACGCCUACGCCUCACGCGCACGCGUGCGACGCGCGCCGCUCCCCUGUCUGCCGCGGCCGCCUCUGCUCGCCCGCGCCCUCCCCUGCCUCCCCGCACGCAUCCGCCGCACCGACGCCGCCCAGCUCCGCCAUGGCCCUCCUCCCUUCACCCCGCGGCCUCCCUCUGCUUCCACUGGAAGCGCGCGAGCGCGAGCUCGCCCCCGGUGGCCUCCGCGACUCGAGUCGCCGCCCAUAG